AUAUUCGCUUAUCACGGUGAAAAAUAAACUGUGGCAAAAUAAUAAUGAUUUUGGAUUAGAUUCGUUUAAUUUCGCACAAAAUGGCAUUGAAAGGUAUCAAAGUCUUGGAAUUGGCUGGUUUGGCACCUGGUCCCCAUUGUGGAAUGAUACUGUGCGAUUUCGGUGCAACUGUCACAAGAGUUGAUCGAAUCAUUGACAAUCCGUUGGAUUGUUUGGGCAAGGGCAAACGAACUAUUGCAAUUAACAUUAAAAGUGCAAAAGGACAGGAGCUUGUGCGUGCGUUGAGCAAAACAUCAGAUGUGUUGAUUGAACCGUAUCGACCUGGAGUCAUGGAAAAAUUGAAUUUGGGACCUGAAAUUCUGCUAGAUGAAAAUCCACGAUUGAUUUAUGCACGACUAACUGGUUUUGGUCAGACAGGGCCACUUGCAAAACGAGCUGGUCAUGAUAUUAAUUAUGUGGCAAUGUCAGGGAUUUUAUCUAUGCUAGGGAGGUCGAAUGAACCACCAACGCCACCAAUUAACUUGAUAGCUGACUUUGCCGGCGGUGGUCUCUUAUGUGCUUUUGGAAUAUUGGCUGCAAUUGUCGAACGACAUAGUUCCGGAAAAGGUCAAAUAGUUGACUGUUCAAUGACUGAAGGUGCUGCUUAUGUCGGUAGUUGGUUGACUCGUUCUCGUAAUUUACCGAUUUGGGGUGGUGGCCGAGGAGAAAAUAUUCUUGAUGGCGGUGCUUUCUACUACGGCACAUACGAAACGAGCGAUGGCAAAUAUAUGUCAGUUGGUGCAUUGGAACCGCAAUUUUACAGCGAGUUUAUGCGCAUUUUAGAGUUGGAUUUUGAUCAGUUUGACCCAAACAUUGAUAAAUGCAGAAAAGAAGUUCAGCAAAUUUUCAAAACAAAGACACAAAGUGAAUGGAGUAAAUUAUUCGAGUCGGUUGAUGCAUGCGUAUUUCCAGUGCUACAGUGGAAAAAUGCCGAGCAACAUCCGCAUAACAAUGUUCGAAAUUCCUUUGUAUCGAAAGCAGUUACAGAUGGUAUAGUUGUGCCAACUCCAGCGCCGUUGCUUUCGCGCACACCAGCAGUUUCAGGUGUUCAAUGCGAAUGUCAAAACUAUUCAAAGCAAAUCGAGGAAAUAUUCAAAGACGCUGGAUUGACUGCGGCCGAAGUCAAGAAAUACCAAAAAGAUGGUGCUCUGAUUUUACCGAAUAGUAAUGCAAAGCUUUAGUGUGGUGAUCUAUUCUUUUUGUGUCAGCUGAUAUGUUAUGGUUUUUAUCAAAUAAUUUGGAAUUUUUUGGGGAUUUUUUAUACAAGUUGUAACAAAUGAAUACACGUUUUUUGUAUUAAAAAAUUGGUAUAAAUUUUUAUUCAUUCAUUUAGAAGAAAUACAUCGAAAAUAACAAUGAGGCACUUGUAAACUAUGCUAUUUUAUUUGAUGGUUUUUCUCUCAAUCAAAAGUGAUAUGAAUUCGUCGAUGAUCUGAAAGGACAGUGUUAUGUAUAGCCACCUUAUGCGACAUAUCCUCGCAAUUCGUUAAAACAUGAUCGAUGAUCGUUCGAGACGUCGCUCCGACCCGUGUGGCUGAUGUUUUGUUUAAGAUGUAGAAUCCAUGUAACUCUAUCAUGUUACGAUAUUCAAGGUGUCUGUUGGUUUGCGAUAAGUCAAUAUUGAUAUCACCGACGAUUAUAGUUCCACGCCUAUCAUUAUGAAUAUCCCUUAAAAAUGGUUUCAAUAUCGGGAAGAAUGUAGCAUUAUCCACAGUUGGUGAUUUGUACAUCACAGCUAUAUUAAUCUCUGCGCUAGGAAUUCUGACAACGAGCAUAUUGACGAAGUCUCUGUUCCGGCUAAAGAGUUCAGUGCAUCCUAAACUUCUGUGCACAUAUAAGGCCACACCACCAUAUCCAUCUGGACUGCAUUUGAAGAACGGUUUAUAGUAAGUGAUUGGGAAUUCCGGGACUUCUGAUGUUUUGAUUUUUGUCUCCGUCAACGCUAUGAAAUGCACCAUUUGGCCAUGACAUUUUUUUUUCAAAGCUAGCUAUUUCAGCUAUGAUGUCGUCCAGCUUAUUCCGCAAAGAGUUUAUAUUGAAGUACAAUAUGUUGAAAUCCCCCAGAUUUCGAUGGGUCAUUGUAACAGCGGUUUUACUUUGUCACAACUAUUUCACAAUAUACGGGAAUGCACAAUAUACGAUUUUGUUUGUGUUGCAAGAUACGGCCGACACUGAGAUUAUCAGAAAAACGAUAAAUUAUUAAUUAUUUAAUUUAUUGGGCAAACUCAAAGCAUAAAAGAUUAAAAUAAAUUAAAUGAUAAAGCCAACAAAAUGAAGAGGCGACAACAAACGAGUUUUUCCAUACGAAAUAGACAGAAUGCAUUUA